UAUCGGUUUCAGCACAACAGACUUCCCAUGUCAAUCCUAUUUUGGAAAAAGAUAUCAGACAAUGCGAAGAACAUUGAAGCCUUUUUAGAGAGUUAUGGAUCCCUUGCUCCAAAAAGAUACAGGUACAGUGAUGUGAAGAAAAUAACCAAAUCCUUCCGUGACAAACUUGGCCACGGUGGCUAUGGAACUGUGUACAAAGGUUGUUUGGACAAUGGUUGUUUGGUGGCUGUGAAGAUGUUAAGCAGCUCCAAGGGCAAUGGCGACGAAUUUGUUAAUGAGGUUUCCAGCAUCGGCAGGACCUCUCAUGUGAACAUUGUCAGUCUUCUAGGAUUUUGCUCAGAGGGAUCCAAAAGAGCUCUCAUUUAUGAAUUCAUGCCUAAUGGAUCUCUGGAUAAGUACAUCUAUUCAGAAAAACCAGAAGCAACUCUUGGAUUGGAGAGCUUAUACCAGAUAGCGAUUGGCAUUGCCCGAGGAUUAGAGUACUUGCAUCGAGGUUGCAGCACACGUAUAGUACAUUUUGAUAUCAAACCUCAUAAUAUACUACUCGACCAGGAAUUUUGUCCCAAGAUAGCCGAUUUUGGGUUGGCUAAGUUGUGUCCACCAAAAGUAAGCAUACUUUCCAUGGCAGAUGCAAGAGGAACAAUAGGAUAUAUUGCCCCCGAAGUCUUCUCCAGGAAUUUUGGAGUUGUCUCUAGUAAAUCUGAUGUGUAUAGCUACGGAAUGAUGGUGUUAGAAAUGGUUGGAGGACGUCAGAAUAUUGAAGUCAAUGACAGGAAUACAAGUGAAAUUUAUUUUCCACACUGGAUUUACGAACAUCUAGAUCAAGAUGGAGAUUUACAAGUUUGCGGAAUAACAAAGGAAACGGACGAAAUUGCAAGAAAGAUGGUCUUAGUUGGUUUGUGGUGCAUACAAACACAGCCAAAAAAUCGACCUUCUAUGAGCAAGGUUGUAGAUAUGUUGCAGGGAAGUGUCGAUGACUUGCGAAUGCCUCCAAAGCCAUAUCUCUCUGCUCCUUCAGAAUCAGAAUCAGUAAUUGCUUCACCAUCAGAACCAGCAUCCGAACUUGGUAUUGUGGAGUUGAUGAACUCUUUGGAUCAUUUAUAAAACAUUCCUGAACGGCAGUGUUGAAGUGUUUUCAAGUCUGUACAUAAUUUGGACCCUUAGCAUGUAUCUCAUGCUCUAAUGGAUAAUGAGGUCGUGAUCUCUUUUAGACAAGUGGAUGCUACAUAACUUGAUAGGCAAGCACCUGCAAGAAGCCAUUU